AUGAAGCUUGACGUGAAUGUGUUGAGAUAUCUCUCCAAAGAUGAUUUUAGAGUUCUCACUGCUGUCGAGAUGGGAAUGAGAAACCAUGAGAUUGUUCCUUCUGAGCUUGUAGAUCGCAUUGCUGGUCUUAAGUAUGCCCUCCAUCUUGAUGCUUUGAAUGCUUCCUUUAUUCUUUCAUGA